CCUCAGGCGGCAGGGAGCGGCGGGAAAGGCGGGCGGCCGCUGCGGCGGCGCUGGGCCUGUGCGAGUGUGGGGCUGCACGAAGACGUACAGAGCCUGUUUGAGUAAGACCGUGAUGGAAGAGCCCAGUGGGGACCAUCUCAUCCAGAGAGACACCAUCUUGUCCCAGUUGUGCUGUGCUCACGUAACCAUCACGAAACUACACUAAACUUGCCAGUCACUUGGAAAAACAUACUUGAAGCUGUUCCUGGACCUGCUCCAAAGGCCUCAGUGGAGUGACAGCCCAAAGAUGGGAGAUCAGGAAGCAGGUGAACCCUUCCUGGGGAUAGUGGCUGGUGGUGCCACAGACUACGAAGGGGUUCUGCCCUCAGACACGGUGUCGCUCAGCGAUUCUGAUUCCGAUGAUUUGGGGUUAGCAGAUGAAGCCGAGAUUGAUACAAUAUCUGCUGAGGAGACAUCUGUAGAUGAUGGGGACUGCAAAUCAGGGGAGGCCCCAGCCUCUUCAGACAGCAGUCACAGGUCUCCUGCCCAGCUGUUCCAUCUGAGGGGCAUGAGUUCUACGUUCUCUCUCCGCAGCCAGAGCAUUUUUGAUUGUCUGGAAGAAGCAGCCAAGUCGGCUGUGCCCUCAGUGCCUGAAGAUAAUGUUGUUGAUGGGAGGUUUAAGCGUCCACUGCCUCCAAGCUCUACAUCAGAAACCACAGUUCCAGAAAGCCUGGGAAAGCAAGCCAAACCAGUGCAGGUUCCCAAAACCUCUCAAGCAGUGCCUGACUAUGUGACACACCCAGAGCGUUGGACCAAAUACAGCCUAGAUGGAGUUUCAGAGUCUAGUGACAAGGCCAACAGGGCAGUGGCUAUGGAAUUUCUAGAGGGCCUGAAGAAAAGAGGGGAAAAGCAAAGCUCAGCCCCUCUAGAGAGCUACAUCCCUUAUUUCAAUCAGGACCCUUCCAGCUGUGGAGCUGGGAGAAUUGUCUUCACCAGACCAGCAAAACGGGGUAUGGAUGGACUGGAAAAGAAAACAUCAGCUGAGGAGGAUGAUAAGAAACACUUGAAAACAGAUCUGAAAGGAAAAUCUCUGAAGAAGACUGAUGACUCAAGGGGAGAAGAUAAGGUAGAACUGGGGCACCUAGACAGUGGAAGUGGAAAGGCAACAGAGGAGGAGGAGUGCUCAGUGAUGGGGGACCUGAGUGCAGAAGGAAAGUUUAGUGCAAGCCUUAGUUUCACAAAUGAAGAACCAUCAACAGAAACAGUUGGAUUCCAUUGCAGUAAGAAGAAGAAUAGGAAGAAUUUCAGACCUAAAGUGGAUGAUGAAGAGGAGGAAGAAGCCUGAAGGAUAGAUCAUAUUGCAGACAUCCAGGGACUUGUAUUGUCUAUGCAUGUGCUUUUUUCCUCUGACUUUUUUUUUCUGCUCUGAAAUUAUGCAAUAACGUUUUGUCUUAACAGUUUUCAUUGUAGCCACCAGAACAUUUCCUGUUGUUAGAAGUGGAGCUGCCUAAAAUACAUUCCAUCUUCUUUCUUCAUGAGAAGGCUGUGGGCACCUAAUAGUUAGACCCAGCAGGAAAGAAUCAGAUGUGCUGUGUCUGCCUAAGUAGCUCCCUGGAGAGUGUCCUGAUUCUGAAGCAGACAAAGACCAAGAUGUGCUAGCUAGAAGGCUGCAAGGAUUCCUCCUCACCUCCAGAUUUAGAGCUGUUCCCAGAUCCUGGAGAACGAUGGAACAAAGGUGAUGGGCUUUUUAAACAAUGAAAGUAAAACCUGGUCUUUGACCAGAUGUGAUUUUUUGUUUUGGCCCUGUCUGAGGUCAUUGAGAGUGAAAGUACAACAGUAGCCAGUCAUGAGUUUGGAGGGCCUAGGGGACUGGCUAAAGCAGUAUUUGUUUUUUUAAGGUGGGCUUAAUAUUUCCCUUACUUAGUGUUAGAUGAUAAAGGCUUUAAAAGCCACAGUGUUUCCUGUGGAGAGGUUCAAGUGUGGAUACAGCCUGGUGAGGAUUGCCUUCAGCAAAGCCUCACCCCGUUGUGUGCAGGCCAGAAUUCAAGAGGUGAGUUAGUUGUUAAGCUGGGCAGCAGCUUUUCUUCUUACUGGUGUGAUAGGACAUGAUGGUUCUGACUGUAUGCCCUUUGCAGGUAGCACUGCUUCCACAUUGUCUGUGGGUUUGGUGGGAAUGAGGUGUUUGUACCAGGACUGAAUACUUCCUUGGGGUUCAAUAAACCUUCAGUUGUA